GACCACCUGCAGAAGAAAAACCCAAGUGAGCUUCACACCCUAUCAAACAGACAAUGAACGUCACAUUACUGGACAUAACAGAUGUUCUUCUACAGGGCUGUCCAAUAAGAUGGAUGGAGCAAUGGAAUUCCCAAAGAACCAUGACCAAAGACUCCACACACCUCACUGAAGAGGAAUUGGAGUCACCUGAAGUGAAAACUGUUAACAGCACUUGGGUAAAUAACUCUGAAAAACAGAAGAAGACUAGAGAAGCAGCCCAGAUUUUCAGACCAAUGCUCAAUACCUUCUGCAGAGGAAAAAGUCUGGAUAAGAAGCUCAAACUGCAUCAGAGUGCCAGUGAUGAGACUGAUGUCCAUAACAGAUACUUUUCUACAGAGGAAUUGGAAUCACACGAGGUAAGAUCUGCAAAAGAAGCCUGGACAAAUACCUUUGGAAAACAGAAGAGGAGCAGAAGAUCAGCCCAAGCCUUCUGGCACAUGGUGAACUUGUUCACCUGCUGCAGAGGAAAAACCAGGGUGAAAAAGUUCAGAACCCCUCACAAUGACAGUGAUGAGACUGAUGUACAUAACAGAUACGUUUCUACAGAAUGCUUAGAGGACCUAUAUACUCACGGAGAGGUACUGGGCAUCGGAAGUUUUGGCAUAGUCUAUGAAGGGUUCCGAAAGUCUGAUGGAUUACUGGUAAAAUACCAGACUCAUCCCAUCGUGGCCAUCAAAUAUAUUUCAAAAUCAGAAGCAAAACAGAUUAUGGAUACUGAGGGUCUCAUUCCUCUCGAGGUGGCCCUGAUGAAGCGGGUAAACUCUUCUCCAGCCAGCCCUUACAUAGUGCAACUGAUUGACUGGUUUGACCAUCCUACUGAAUAUGUCAUGGUGCUGGAAAGGCCCCAUCCCUGUCUGAACCUUGUGGAGUUCUGUGAAUCCCAGGGGGGUAAACUGACUGAGAACAAGGCACGCAGUGUGAUCCUGCAGGUGGUUGAGGCUUUGAGGACCUGCCAAGCCCGGGGUGUCCUGCACAGAGACUUGAAGCCAGAUAAUGUGCUUAUCCAAACUGAUACACUGCAGGUCAAGUUAAUAGAUUUUGGCUGUGGAGAAUUUCUGACAAGCACUUCAUACAAAGGCUUUGCAGGGGCAAGAUUGUUUAAUCCCCCAGAGAUGUUUCUUCAAAACCUGUACAUACCAGUCCCAGCCACGGUGUGGUCAGUUGGGGUGACACUCUUUGAUCUUGUGUGUGGCUCCCUGCCUUUCUUCUCCCGUGAGGAAAUUAUUAGAGCCAAACUGUUCUUCCGAGAGAAAGUCACCACAGACUGUCGCCAUCUGGUUCGCUGGUGUCUCUCCCCAAAUCCAGCAAAUCGGCCAACAUUGGAGCAGAUUGUGUUCCACCGUUGGUUCCAGUAGGGCUGUAGAGGGAUUGGUGCUCUAUAGCUAGC